AUGACUUCUUUCCCUAUAAAACUUGCUCGAUUAAGAGCACAACUUCUGGAGCCAGGACCAGGAGCUGGAGGUGGUGCUGGCUCGGGCUUCGAUGUGUCGAAGUCCGGGGAUGCUCGCAUCGCACUGGUGGGCUUUCCUUCAGUCGGCAAGUCGACCUUCCUUUCGAAAAUCACCAAGACCAAGUCUGAAGUGGCGGCAUAUUCCUUUACGACCUUGACGGCUAUUCCUGGCGUACUUGAAUAUGGUGGCGCCGAGAUCCAGAUUCUCGAUCUUCCGGGUAUCAUUGAGGGUGCGUCUGAAGGUAAGGGUAGAGGACGACAGGUCAUUAGCGCAGCAAAGACCUCAGACCUGGUACUCAUGGUCCUCGACGCUACCAAACGCGCCGAGCAGCGCGCGCUGCUGACCGCAGAGCUGGAAGCGGUAGGCAUCCGACUCAACCGCAGCCCACCCAACAUCUACCUCAAAGCCAAGAAAGCCGGGGGCAUGAAAAUUACCUUCCAAUCCCCACCCAAAAACAUCGACGAGAAAAUGAUCUACAACAUCCUCCGCGACUACAAGAUCCUGAACUGCGAAGUCCUGGUACGCGACGAAAACGCCACGGUCGACGACUUCAUCGACAUCAUCAUGCGCGAGCACCGCACCUACAUCCGCUGCCUGUACGUGUACAACAAGAUCGAUGGCGUCAGCAUGUCGUUCCUGGACGAGCUAGCCCGCGAGCCCCACACGGCCGUCAUGUCGUGCGAGAUGGACCUGGGCGUGGCGGAGGUCGUGGACCGCUGCUGGGAGGAACUGCGCCUGAUCCGGCUGUACACGAAGCGGCAGGGCAUCGAGCCGGAUUUCUCCGAGGCGUUGAUCGUCAGGAGUGGGAGCACCAUUGAGGACGUGUGUGACUCGAUCCAUCGCACGCUUAAGGAGACGUUCAAGUACGCGCUGGUCUGGGGCGCGAGCGCGAAGCAUGUGCCGCAGCGGGUCGGGCUGGCGCAUGUGGUUAGCGAUGAGGAUGUGGUGCAGGUGGUGAGCAGUUGGAAGGCCUGA